AUGCUCACUCCAGGGUUGGAGCCUCUUACUGAGCAGUUUCAGAGCAAUGAGAGCGACAUAUCUACUUGGAUCCUUACAGCACCGACUUUCUGGACCUCAGCUGCAGCCUUUGUUGCGGUGGCGGGAACGGAUGUCUGGGGGCGAAGACCAUUCUACGUAUGGAGCGUCGUUCUACUUGCUCUAACCAACUUUGCUGCUUAUCUUUCGUCAACAUUUCCUAUGCUGGCUAUUGCUCGAACAGCUGGGGGUCUCUUUUCGGCACCCCUAUUUACACUCCUUACCGCGACCAUCAGCGAUGUAUUCUUCGUUCACCAGCGAGGUCGGUCUAUUGCUGUGUGGAAUCUGAUGUUGAACUCUGGGGCGCAAGUUGGUCAAAUCAUUGCUGGCUUCGUUACUGACGCAUUCGGCGUAUCGGCAAAUUUCCUCAUCACUGCCUUCAUAUACGCUGCUCUGAUCCCGGUAUUCUACCUCACAAUCUUCGAGUCGGCCUACUUCAAACGGAAAACAGACGAUGUCACAACAAUUCAUGUUCAGGCGGACAAGCUAAGCGCCGAAUAUGACGAGGAAGAUCUCAAGUCUUCUGUUCGACCUCCUAGGCAAACAUACAAUGAGAGGCUAGUCUUGUCCCGUGGCAGACUAUCAGAGAAGUCGUUCUUCAAAGGGAUAAUCAAGCCCCUAGGCCUCAUCACUUCGCCGAUUGUCUUCUACAGCUGCUUCCUGAACACUACGGUCUUCCUAUUCCUUGCUGGCAUGUCAACCUUCAUGUCAAUCCUCUUAUCCUCUCCCCCAUACGAUCUAACACCCAGUCAGAUCGGACUGACCAACUUACCCCUCUUUGUAGCUGGCCUACUGUCUGGGCCAUUCUUUGGUUGGAUGUCUGAUGCUUCAGUGAAUCUGAUGGCGCGCCACAACGGAACAAGCAAAGGCAUGGUCGAACCCGAAUUCCGUCUCGUACUUCUCCUGGUUUCUACCCCAAUCACUAUGGCGGGCCUCAUCGGUGUGGGCGCGUCGUUCCAAAACAGUUUGCCUCUAGUUUGGAUUCUUGUUUGGAUGACAGUCACCAACAUGGGUAGUGUCGCUGGAGUACAAAUUGCCAUCGCGUAUGUCAUCGACUGUCACCCUGAGCACUCCGCCCAGGCCUUUUCUUCCAUCAACAUGAUCUCAGCAGGCGCUGUCACGGUAGGACUGACUCCGAUGAUUGGUUGGCUCGAAUUCGAUGGGCCUAUGGCCGUCUUUGGAACGCUGGCAUCGGCAGCCGCCAUUGUUACUGGUGCUGCACUUCCUCUCUAUGUGUUUGGCAAGAGGAUUCGCGCUUGGUAUGAGAGCGCGGCGUGGGCCCAAAAGCUUCUUGACUGA